UUCACUUCGAUGCAUCAGGUUACGACCGCACAUUGCUAAGGACGACCAGAUAAGACUCAACAAGACAACAUGAAGAGGCUGGCAUCAUGCGGCGGACAUGGGACCUUCGAAAUUCGCGAUGUGACGUGCCUUCUAGAACAGAAUGGGAUCCCGUGUUGUGUUGUUGGCGUCUCCGCACUCAUGUUUUAUGGUGCGCUACGAGUACGAGACAAGUGGGAGAUUUGUGUAGCGACUGAAAAGGUGGAUGAGGCUGCGGAUAUAAUACGACAGCAUGAGGAAUACACACAAACAAAUGAGAAGCGGUAUCCUCAGCCCAUGUCGUUCGCGCACAUGUACACAUGGUUUCGGGGAACUGAGGUAGACUAUGAGUUCUGCCUGGUGCCAUCUCUCCAUGCCCGAAUACCGAUUGACCAAGUUUCUGUGUGGAGAAGCUCAAACGGAGUUCCGUAUGCACCACUACCGGAUUUAGUACAGAGCUACUUGGACAAAUACGACCUGGUAUCGCUGUGCGAUAUUGUUGAUGGAGCGAACCUGGAUUAUGAUUGGGGAAUCACAAACUUGGAUCUCAAAGGAAAGACCGACGUGGAAUGGGCGCAUCAACGUAACGCAGAAUUGAUGGGAGGCGAAGGAAAGUUGGACAUUUCGCUAGCAGCCAGUGUGUUGCCCACUUGUCACGUCGAGACGAUGUCGAUGUGGCGGAAGGUUACGGAAGACAAGAAGGAAAGGUUAUUACAAGUGAUGCUGCCCCAUGAAUUGUUCGAAACACGGUUCAUGCUGAAAGGAUCAAUAUCCGAACCGUGGAGAGAAGAGCGCGAUGGGUGUUAGGAAAUCUUGUGAGGAAGAGAAUCCCAGGUUGAAGAUACAUAUCGUAGUUCCUUCUGUUAUGCAGUGCUUGUCUAUUACUUCAAGACGAACCCUAUUCGACCCACAUCCAUCACACGUCUUUUUCGGCAUCCUAAACAAUAAAAGCAUUGAUUUCCUCG